AUGGCAUCAUCGGUGCAACGUGCUAUAAUCACGAGUGAAUUUGGUGAAACAGUAACAAUUAUUAAACGUGAAAGUAAUGACGAUUGUCUUGGUGUUGAUGAUGGUGUUGAAAGAAUUUCAACGACAAUGGCUCUAGGUAAUAAUUCAACAACUAAUAAUACAUUUGGAAAUAAUAAUGAACUACUAGAUUGUGUUGUUUGUGGUGAUCGAGCUACUGGUAAACACUAUGGAGCUAUAUCCUGUGAUGGUUGUAAAGGAUUCUUUCGACGGAGUGUUCGCAAAAAUCCAGUUUAUGAAUGUCGACAUCAAAAUAAUUGUACAAUUGACAAAGAUAAACGCAAUCAAUGUCGUCAUUGUCGAUGGAAAAAAUGUAUUAGAAUGGGCAUGAAAAAAGAUGCUGUACAAAAAGAAAGAGAUCGUCUUGGAAGACAACGCUCGAAUAAUCAUACUUAUAGAAUGACAGCAAUAAAAUCUAUUGGACGUAUUGAUCAUGAUUUUGAUGAAGAUGAUGAUGAUCUUAGUAUUAUGGCACUUUUAAGAGCUGAACAAACAGCUAAAGAAUAUAUCGGUCGACAAAUUAAACUUGAUAGACAUCCAUCAAAUACAGAACGUGUUCAAGCUACUUUAGAAACAAUUGGUAUAUCAAUGAAUUAUCAACUUCGUAGUUUUAUUGAAUGGGCAAAAGAUUUAAAAGGUUUCAUUGAUUUAUCUGAUAAUGAUAAAAUCGCUCUUUUACGUGGUCAUACUGGUGAAAAUCUUGUUCUAGGUGUUGCUUGUCGUUCAUUAAAUUGUGAUGAUUAUUUACUUCUCGGUAAUCAUUAUGUUAUACCACGAAUAACAGCUGAUCCUGGCUUAACACGUGCAGCUGGUAGAAUUCUUGAUGAAAUUGUUAAACCAUUGAAAGAAAUGCAAUUAGAUGAAAAAGAAUAUGCGUGCUUAAAAGCAAUUGUAUUCUUUGAUAAUGAUAAUAAAUCUUUAUCAGAUCCAAUGCGUGUAAAAGAAUUACGUAAACGUAUACAAGUUAAUCUCGAAACUUAUAUAAAUCAACAAAAACCAUUAAUGCGUGGACGUUUUGGAGAAUUAUUAUUAUUAUUACCACCUUUACAAAAUAUAGCUCGUUUAAUGGUUGAUCUUGUUGCACGUUAUAAUCAAGAUACGAAACAAGUCGAUGAUCUUAUUAACGAAAUGCUUUUAAGUAAGUUUAACAAGGAAUUUAUUCGAUAUUCUCAACAAUAA